AUGAUUGGGUGCUCUCAAGAUUCAUUCCACAUGCCCCUCUCUCCACCUCUCUCCACCUCGCUCCACAUCUCUCCACCCCUCUCCAUCUCCCCAUCCUGUGCGCACGCACAGGCAGCAGAGCAGGUGGCGGCGGGAGCAGCAGGGCUGCCUAAGCGGCCAAGAGGCAAGAUGGUGGUGUUGGAGGACGACCCCUCUCGCUGGCACCAGCACUCCUUCCAUCGCACCGGCGCCUACGGCUUCAUUCAGUACAGCGCUUACAUGUUGGAACCGGCACGCAUCGUGGUGGUGGGGCUGGGAGCGCUGGCUCAGCGCAGCAAGCGGCGGUUGGAGGGGUGCUGGUGGCACCGGAUGGACGGGCACACCGUGAUUGCUGGCAAGCUGACACAGAUGGUGAUGGAGGAACAUCACAACUUCCUGUACGAGAUGGUGGUGCUACAGUGCACACUGGAAGAAGAGGUGGAUGAGACGGGAGGGCAUCUGAAGAUCUACAUGGACCGUCAAAUGCUCUACCCAAGCUCGAGAAGAAGGGAGGGAAAGAUAGCCCACUCUUGGCGCCUGGCGCACUGCAGCUCAACUCUCUAUGCAGAGGUGGAGGAGAGCAGCGUGGUGCAGUUCAUCCACUACCACCAGUGCCCCCCUUCCUCCCACCCUUAUCCCAGAGGCUCAACACAGGAGAGAGCCCACUCCCCUGGCGCCUGGCUUAUUGCAGCUCCAUGCUCUACCCGGACGCGGAGCGCAGCGUGCAGCAGUUCAUCCACUACCACCGCUACGCGGGCGGCUACGACCACUCUGUGCUCUACCACACCGUUGGGCUGCCCCCCUCCCAUCCUCUUGCCCGUACGCCCUCAAUCCCUCCCUGAUUCCCUCCCUGCUUCCCUCCCUGCUUCCCUCCCUGCUUCCCUCCCUGCUUCCCUCCCUGCUUCCCUCCCUGCUUCCCUCCCUGCUUCCCUCCCUGCUUCCCCUCCCUCCUGCCCUACCCUCUCCCCAAACCAGAGCCUCAAGGCAGCAGAGAGCCCUCUCCCCUGGCGCAUUGCUUUUUGCAGCUCCACAUUAUACGCAGAAGUAGAGGAGCGCAGCGUGCAGCAGUUCAUCCACUACCACCGCUACGCAGGCGGCUACAACCACUUUGUGCUCUACGACACCGUGGGGCUGCCCCCGUCACUCAUGGCGAUGCUGCAACCCAUGCUGGACGAAGGGCUUGUGACUGUUUCAGACUUCACCCAGGCCUACCAGUUUGACGCGUGGUUCUACUCCCAGGCCUACCAAUUCGACGCCUGGUUCUACUCCCAGGCAGUGGCGAUGCAUGACUGCAUGUUCCGCAUGCGCACACAGGCCGAUUGGAUCGCCUUCCACCCAUGCCUCCCCUCUCUCCCACCCUCACCUCCCUUCCUGUCCCCCUUCCCCUUCCUCACCCCAGGCAGCCGAUUGGAUCGCCUUCCACCCAUGCCUCCCCUCUCUCCCACCCUCACCUCCCUUCCUGUCCCCCUUCCCCUUCCUCACCCCAGGCAGUGGCGAUGCAUGACUGCAUGUAUCGCAUGCGCACACAGGCCGAUUGGAUCGCCUUCCACCCAUGCCUCCCCUCUCUCCCACCCUCACCUCCCUUCCUGUCCCCCUUCCCCUUCCUCACCCCAGGCAGUGGCGAUGCAUGACUGCAUGUAUCGCAUGCGCACACAAGCCGACUGGGUGGCCUUCCACGACCUCGACGAGUACCUCGCCGUGCAACCACCCGCAUCCCUCCCAACCAUACUCCACCGCUUCGAAUCCCUCCCGUACAUCACCCUCGGCACGUACGUGUUCUCGGCGCACGUAUGCGAGGAGGACGGGCCGGAGGACGUGUGGAGCGAGGAGGAGAGGCGGUUUGCCGUGGAGAGAAUGCUGCAGCGGCGCAAGGCGCCGUAUUGCCUUCGGGGAGAGGAUGAUCCCAAGGUGUGCGUGGACUAUUACGGCCAUCGCAAGAUGAUUGUCAACCCCCGCAAGGUGCGUGCUGGUGGUGGUGGAAUGGAAGAGACCGCAAUUGGGGGCAAUCCCUGA